CAAUGUUCUGGUCCUUAAUCAGUAGGACUUCCAUCCUUCUCUUGUGCGGCAUGUGGAUCAUUGACAACAGCUCCCCCCUGCAUCUCACAGGCCUCUCGGGAACUGUGCCCCCACUCCACCAUCUGCUCACGUGAUUCCCACAAUCCUCCUCAGCAUCACAGCAGCCAUCUUGGUCAACACCCUCCCAUUUGCAGCGCAUGCAGCCAAUCCGCUGAAUGCAAGCAGCUGGGCUGUGAGGGAGGGACUGAGAGAGAGAGAAAGAGACAUCUCUGAUUUUAGCUCCGCUGAGGCACACACAGCAUCUCAAUCCUCUGGCUGUGCUGAGCCAGAGAGCACUGAAGCCUUUAUUCACACGGAGGAUUUUAGCUGUCACUGCUCAUUCACAAGGCGAGGCCGUUGAGCCCCGGAAGAACAGCAUCCCGUCGCUCAGACUCCUGCUUGGACUGGAUUUAGAAAAAAUCUGCAUUAUUCCUAUUUCCUGCUUCUGACUCUUCGCUGAGGGCCGUCAUCGUGAGUGUUGUUGUCGUCGCAGCAGCUAUCAGCUGAGUCACCAUGUCUGAUCUGACGCCCCAGAGCGAAGCCCCCACCCCCACUACUGACAAGAUCACACAGGCUGCCAGAGAGACCAUCUACCUAUGCAACUUCCGCGUGUCGGUGGAUGGCGAAUGGCUGUGCCUGCGCGAGCUCAACGAUAUCUCGUUAACGCCAGAUCCCGAGCCGGCUCACGAAGAUCCCAAGGACCCCAUUGCCAUCGAGAGGCUUAACUUGAUGAACAUGGCCAAGCUGAGCAUCAAAGGCUUGAUUGAAUCUGCACUGAACUUGGGCCGCACACUGGACUCAGACUAUGCCCCGUUGCAGCAGUUUUUUGUUGUCAUGGAGCACUGCCUGAAACAUGGACUUAAAAGUAAGAAGACAUUCCUUGGUCAGAAUAAGUCUUUUUGGGGUCCUUUGGAGCUUGUAGAAAAGUUAACUCCAGAGGCUGGUGAGAUCACAGCCAGUGUCAAAGACCUUCCUGGGCUCAAAACCCCAUUAGGAAGAGGCAGAGCAUGGCUUCGUCUGGCCUUGAUGCAGAAGAAGCUCUCAGACUACAUGAAGACCAUCAUCAACCGAAAAGACCUGCUCAGUGAAUUCUAUGAGCCUAAUGCUCUUAUGAUGGAGGAGGAAGGAGCUGUGAUCGCUGGGCUGUUGGUUGGCCUGAAUGUCAUUGAUGCUAACUUGUGUAUGAAGGGAGAAGAUUUAGACUCACAGGUUGGAGUCAUAGAUUUUUCCAUGUAUCUGAAAGACGGUGCGCACAGCAGCAAAAGCACAGAGGGUGAUGGACAGAUCACAGCUAUUCUUGAUCAGAAGAAUUACGUUGAGGAGCUGAACAGACAUUUAAGUGCGUCAGUGAAUAACUUGCAAGCCAAAGUGGAUGCGCUGGAAAAAUCCAACACAAAACUUACAGAGGAGCUUGCUGUUGCAAACAACAGGAUCAUCACUCUGCAGGAGGAGCUGGAAAGGGUGAAGGAAGAAAGCUCUUAUUUAGUGGAGUCUAGUCGUAAGGCAUCAAGGGCAGAUGGCACUGCAAACGGUCAAGUGCUUGGAGAAACUCGCAAACAGCUCAAAGAGGAAACUCAGCUCAGACUGGAUGUGGAGAAGGAGCUGGAAGUGCAGAUAGGGAUGAAGCAAGAGAUGGAGCUGUCCAUGAAGAUGCUAGAGAAGGACAUCUGUGAAAAACAUGAUGCUUUGGUGGAGCUCAGACAGCAGUUAGAUGAAAUGCGCACACUCAACCAUGAGCUCUCCAUCAAGUCACAGAGCUCAGAGGCCAGUGCAAAACAGAAGAGUGACAUCAUCAGCCGUUUGGAGGAGAAAACAAACCAGAUGGGGAGUACUAUUAAACAGCUGGAGAGCAGAUGUAAGAAGGCGGAGCGAGAGCGGGAUCUGGCGGACGAGGCCAAUCGACUUUUCAAGCAGGAGUUUGGAGACAAGAUUGAGAGUCUGCAGGAAGAGGUGGAGCAGUUACGGAGACAGAGAUGGCUUUUGGAACAAGAGCUCAGGAAAUGGAGAGAGCAGCAUCCUGGAGGCCACACAUCUGAAGCUUUGUUAGGAAAAACACCUCCUCAGAGAGACAUGAGACAGCAUGUGGAGGACAUCAGAAGGGAGUUAGAGUCUGUCAAAAAAGAAAACAAUACAUUGCGUACUGCGCUUGAGGAAAAGUCAAGUCUAAGUUCCAGCUUGACACUGUCACAUGAAGAUGAACAGGAGCAGUCUCUUGACCAGUCUCUUUGUAAAGAUGCUGACCCUUCAAUCUGCCCAAUGUGUGAAAACCAAGACUCUCUGACUACACCCAAGAGGCAGUGUAAGAACUGCAGUGGCGUGUUCUGUGAGAACUGUGUGGCCAAUGAACUUCCUCUGCCCUCUUCCAUCAACCCCGAACACGUGUGUGACGUCUGCCACUCACAGUUGCUGCAGCAAUACGCGUCCUCCCCAUCCUGAGGGGGCGCUCAUCUCUGAGCACAGACUGUUUUGGCAGUGGUUUCAACGGGUUAUUGACGAAAAACUACACAUCACAUUCUAGAUCAUCAAUCUAGAUCUUCAAAGUAUCAGGCAUCUCAAUUAAGCAACAUAUCAAUUAUUUUGUUUGCAUACAACAUUUGCCAAAAAGGGAUGAAGCUCUUUGUUGGAAAUGCUUUAAAGAUUUUCAUAUAAUUCUUGAGGAUGAGUGAAGCUGUCCACCGAGUGGAUUUAUGUUAAGUACUUGAAUUGUCUCCAUGUCAUUCAAUCGUGCAAUCAGGAUGAUACAGUAACAUAGUGAUGUAUUAAUUAACAAAAAUGUAUUAGGAGACAACUGAUUGCAGACAGGUAAGCUUUUUGAAAACUAUGGCACUGAACAAGGGACAUUAACAUUUUAGAAAUCUCAGUCCAAAAUUCAUAAAUUGUGCAAAAAAGACAAUUCAGACAAAACGGCAUAUUAUGGAGCUUAUCACAGAGAAGACCAUAAUUACCCUACAUUGAAAUUUUGUAAAGAGAUAAAAGGGUAUUUUUAUGCCUGUGUAAUAAUGUAUUUUAUUCUUAUUAGCAGAACAAUAAAAUUUUAUUAUAAUGUGGAUUUCUCAGUCCAAGUCUAUUUUAUACAUGCAUGUUGAGCAAAGAUUUAUGGCAGAUUUAAAGCUUGGUGAAGGACAGGAAUGGCUUUGCAUUUCUGGGUGGUACAGGGAUAAAUAGGGCCCUAUGUAAUCCGUUUUAUUUUUUCCCAAAUUCUGUUUUAUUUUUUUCCUAAUUCAAUUUUUUCCAUUUUAAUUUUUCUGGAUUCUGUUUUUUUCUGUUUUAAUUUUUUUCAACUCCUUUUUAAAGGUAAAUUAAAUGUUAUUAAUCAAAGAGCAUGUCUAAUUAAUUAAAAUCAUGAAACUUAUACAAUUUCACAUCAAUUUAAUAAAGGUUUAACAAAAGUGACAUGUUUAGGGCCCUAUGAAAUGUUUUAUUGUUUCUCACCAUGUUUUAUUGUUAUCAAAUGCUAUGUUUUAGCAUGUCUAAUUAUUU